AUGGAAACAGCGACGUUUGCUACCCACCACGUAUACUUUGACGCACCGCCCCUCUCCCCCUCCAACAUUUCGCCCACCAGCCGCCCAGGCGCAUCCCUGUUCACCACCACAUUCAAACACCCCACAGCGCCUUCGCCCAAGGGCAACAUGGCGAGACGUUCUUCACGUGCCGACCCGAUGAUCCGGACGGACGACGAGGCGUACGAGGAAGACGAGGGCUACGGCGAGCUUGGUCAGAGACAUCCUUUGAGGCGGGUCAAAGAGGAUUCGAAAGAAGAAGAACAGGCGAGGCAGGUGUCGGGGGGCGACGCCAUAAGUCUGCCUGGCAUCAAGUCGUUACUCAGCGGUGCUGGUGAUCCCCCGCCUGUUCUCAAUUCGGCAUUAUUUCAGUCACCCUCGCUCCCGUCAUUGGUACCAAACUCUCCGACAUCGCCCUCCACCGCCGCUUCAGGCCGUACAUCUCGAUUUUCUUCUCUGACAUCCUCAGCCGCCGUCGAGACGUCCGCCCCAGGCUGGUGGCACCCAGAUUUCAACGGCAACCCAUUCAGUGCCCACCAAUCUUACCGCUCCAACACCCUUCCCCACACACAAACCCACCUUUUCGAUGAGCACGAUCAAAAACGCCGUCGAUCCGAUGGCCCUCCUCCUGCGGCAGACAACGAAGAGCUCGCGAGGCUCAAGUGGCAGGCCCAAAGUCGGAACGCCUCGUUCCCAUCUGCUUCCCCCAGCGGAUCAUCCGGACCUACGACCCCGACCAACUGGCCAGGUCGCGCCUCCCUGCAUCCGCCCUCUGCGCCGUCUGCUGGGGUGUCUGCUGCCAUGUCGCGAGGCUCGCUGUCGGGCAUGUCGGGGAGCGAGGGGGACGCGCCAGUGUCCCGCAGGGCGAGUCCUCGCUCGAGGAACGGGAGCCUGGUGAGCGGGCAGCUGGCGAAACACUUCGCAGACUUGUCGGCCGACAGUCCUCGAGGCUCCCUCUCUGCUCCUUCAGCACCAGAACGGCGACUGAGCGUGCACCCCCCAGCUUUCCAUGGUACAGAACGUCGAGCUUCAUCUUUAUUACGUCCUAUCUCGACACCUGGUUCAGAGAAACCUCUCCCCUCUUCGUCGUUGGCUAUACCAGCCAUCUCCCGUCCGUCAUCAGCAGCGUCAGAUCGGCUGAGACGGCAUUCGAAUACCCAGCCCUCGACACCUGACGGUGAAGUCCGGCGGUCGUCAUUGUCAGACAUGAUCAAGGCCCAGAGCGGGGACGACGUCGCUAUGAAAGAAGGCAAGUACCUUGCUGAGAAAUCACCGCUCUCUGAGCCGAUCCUCGCCGCGCCUUCACCGCUUCGUGCUUCGCCCCAGUCUGUAUUCUUGCCGGUCCCUUCAGGGCGCCGCGAAUCGACAGAAUCGAUCAGCUCGUUCACUGCGCAUCUUGCCAUCAGCCAAGAUGAAGACCGUACGCUGUCGGGCAGGGGCAAGAAGAGGUCAGUGGAAGAACGAGAAGACGUCAUGUCUGUCGGGGAGAGUAGUGGGAGUGGGAGUGGGGACCCGGGGAUGAGGGGUAUGGAAGUCCUCGCUGAAGAAGCGCUUCGGGCAGCACAAGAGGAAGAAGGCAAGAGGAGUGGGGAGGAGGAGGAUGAGAUGGAUGAGGAGAGGGAUAGUCCGGGGAAAGGUCCGGGGUCGGGCGUGGCGGGGCCAAAGUAUACCUGCUCCUAUUGCGCAAAGUCGUUCUCAAGGCCAAGUUCGUUGAAGAUUCACACGCAUAGCCACACGGGCGAAAGACCGUAUGUGUGCCACGAACCAGGCUGCGGCCGACGAUUCUCGGUCCAGUCCAACCUCAAACGACAUGCGAAGGUGCACCAAGUCGGUUCGAAUGGCGUUUCGAAAGAGACGCCAGUGACGACUACCGCCCCCGCUCCCAACCCGGGUCCGAAAGCGAUCGUAGCUCAACACCCUCCACACCAUGCCCCAUUCCAACCUCAAGGCCAGACGCACAUGGUCCCGCACCCGCAUCCACACCAUCCUGGAGCGCAUCCUUAUGCUCACGGUCAACACCCGAUGCAUGCGAUGCCGCAUAUGCCGCCGGGGUACUACUUUGCCCCGGGGUAUGCGCCUAUGCCUAUGGGUAUGGCUCAACCGCGUCCUCAUCCGCAUCAGCAGGGCAUGGUACCGCAAGGAUACUAUCCUGAUCCGAGGUAUGGGAUGAUGCACUCGCCGUCCGUGGGGAUGGGGCCGGAAGGCUUCGGCCAGCCGGUGGGAAUGCCGCAGCCGCCUCAGUAUGGGCAUUAUGCGGAGCAGCCUCCGUCUCAAGCUCAGGCUCCGCCGCAGGAGGUAAAGGGCAGGGGUAGGAAGGGGAGUUUGGUGAAAGGCGGAAAAGAACGCCGUUCUCGAGGAACAGAUGGAGGGAUCAAGGAGGAGGAGGAAGAGUAA